AUGUCCGCGGAAGACGACCCACAGACCUUCCUAGAGAUGUUCGAGGGGACGGCGGCGGCGUGUCGGGUGGCCGGCGGCUCCAGGCGCUGUUCCCAACCCACAGGGGGCCCCUCAGGCGUCAGAGCAGGAGUGUUGGAGCUUGAACCUUUCUACCGAAGUCGAUUCCCUUCCUCCUUCAGGUCCUUGAACGUGGUGUCAUUCAGAAGUGGAUCAGUCAUCGCCAACAUGGACCUUCAAUUUGUGAGCACAUUGGCUCCUAACAACAGUCAGAUAGCAAAUGUUUUGAUCAACGCAGCCCCAAACGUCACUGGCUUCGACAUUGAAACCAGCUCCAUCAACGUGAAUGGCACAGCUUCCAGUGGAUGUGAUUUGAUCUACAGCACCAGAUUUGGCUUUCUUUUCAUCCGCACCUUUAUCAUUGUGUUCAGACCAGCUACGGGCCGCAACCGAAUGACUAAUACUGAAGCAGAGGUCGGGAUUGAAUUCAAUCGAACUGCUUCCGCUGGACCAAUCCCACAGUCUGAUGCUGUUGCAGCAGUCUUAGUAGACGCUGUGUCUAACCCCAACAGUACCUUCAACCUCACUAUUGAUGCUGCUUCAAUCACUGUAGUUAAAACGACAACUGCAUCUCCCACUUUAAAUAUUACAACUACUGCAAUCUCAACUGCUGCAAGUACAACAAUUAUUCCUGCCACCAGUGCUGCAACCACAGCUCCCAGUGCUGCAACCACAGCUCCCAGUGCUGCAACUACAGCUGCUAGUGCUACAACUACAACUCCUACAACCACCACAUCUACUACCACUGCUGAGACAGUCAUAGCAAGGCGUGUGACUUUCAGAUCUGUUGGAGAGACAUUUACAAGUGACCUGCAGAAUCCGUCAUCUGCAGCGUUUAAAAACCGAGCCUCAUUGACAAAGACGACACUUGAACCUUUCUACAGGAGAGCAUUUCCUUCAUUCCGCACCAUAACAGUGCUUUUGUUCAGUAAUGGAUCAAUCGUCACACACAUGGAUGUUGGAUUUUCAUCCACAUCUGUUCCUAAUGGCACUGAGACUGGAAAUGUUUUGGUCGGAGCAGCUUCAAGCAUCACAGCCUUCGACAUUGACACCGCCUCCAUUUCUGUGGAUGGCACACAGGUUUCAAGUGGAGUAAGCCACAAGAUCAGUCUCAUCACUGCAUCCUUCCUGGUGCUGUUGUCAUGGCUACUGUCAAGCCCGCAAUAG